UUCGGCGUAUUUGACUUUCUUGGGGAAUUGAACAAACACUUGAUGUGCACUGCAAGUUAUGGGCGAUGGCUUCGAAUAUAUCUAUAAAUGAAGCUUCGGCAAAGAUGUAACUUUAAGAUCAUAGGAAUGGAAGAAGCAAACACAGUGAGGCUUCACGGAACAUGGCGCAGUCCAUAUGCUAAGAGGGUAGAAUUGGCUCUCCAUCUCAAAGGCAUAGCUUUCGAGUAUGUUGAAGAAGAUCUAAACAACAAAAGCCCUUCGUUGAUUAAAUUCAACCCUGUCUACAAGAAAGUCCCGGUUCUUGUUCACAAUGGAAAACCCAUUGCUGAAUCCCUUUGCAUAAUCGAAUACAUCGAUGAAACCUGGAAGGUUGGCCCUCAGCUCUUGCCUCAGGAUCCUUACAGAAGAGCCAAUGUUCGAUUCUGGGCCAGCUUCAUUCAUCAGCAGCUAUACGAGACUAUGUUUACAGUGUUGAAAACUGCUGGAGAGGCACAGGAGAGGGCGAUCGAUGAACUGUUGGAGAAACUGCAAGUGCUGGAAGAGGGAAUAGAGGAGUUUUAUCCCAAUGGAAUUCCUUCAAUCAGACAUCAAAACAUGGGAAUUCUGGAAAUCCUGAUUUGUUGUUUGCUUGGACCUUACAAGCUUCAAGAGCAAGUUCUUGACAUACAGAUAAUUAAACCAGAAAGAACUCCGCUGAUAUUCUCCUGGUGACAGCCAUAAACCAGGUGCCUUUGGUGAAAGAGUUAGCCCCUGCUGAAGAAAAGACCUUAGCACUUCUCAAAUUUGUCAGAGACAUCGCCCUUAAAUCUUCUUCUUUGGCUUGAGUUCGGAUUUCAGAAUGAACACACUAGACGUGGAUCUACCAUUGUCGGUCUAUAUAUGUUACUAAAUGUCGGUUAUGUGCAUGUUUUCAACAUACCUAGAUGUCGAUUAUGUGCAUGUUUCCAACAUAGACACGUUCAUUUUUUUUUACAGAUUUUCAUGCAUUUUUAUAGGUCUUUGGAGGAUCAUAUCCUCAUAACUUGUUCGAAUUUUCAUCUUGAUGAUGGCGUUGUUACAGAUGAUGGUUGUUGAUUCUCACCAUCCGUUCUCAAAGGAGCUUGGAGUUGGAGCAUGUUGAAACAGAAGCAAUAGCUGCAACUGCACAUGCUAAGCUGCUUGGAACAAACCAUAUAUAUCUUCAACUUGCCAAUUAAGCCAUUCUAAUUAGAGCAUGAUAAUGAAUUCAUUGGUGGCAAAGCUCUAAGCCUGCAGACGGG